CAUUAACAGUCACUGUCUAUAGCUGUGCGGUGUGCGUUCGUGCUCGUCAUCAACAGGUAACAUCACGGCCACAACGAUAAUAUCACGAAAUCAUAAAAAUAUUAUUAUAUAAUAUUGUCUCAUCGACUCGUAGUUAGACGUCAUUUUAAAUUUUGAUCUCGUCCGUGCCCCGUGGUCGUUUGAACUCUGCAAUAAUAAUAAGAUAAUUUAUGUUCAAACCAUUCGCGGAAACGUGAUUUGGAGUAGUCUAUAAAGCCGUAAAAAACGUUUUGCUACUGCCAAGAUCAUGAGCAUAAACGCCGAAACUAGAUUUUAUCUUACCAAAGGCAUGAUGACAAUGGAGCAAGCCAAAAAGUUAAACGACGACCGUGAGUUCUUAGACUUAUCACUCUUGAUCGGUAACACUACCGAUGAUCAGCUGUAUCGCCAAAUCAAAGUCGAAAUGGGCAUAUUUGAUAAAUGCCUUGAAAUAACGGAGGUAAGGGGACCAGACCAGAACAAUAAACAUAUAAAAUUAUUGAUCCUGAUGUUGUUUGAUCGCAUAAACAAUAUGUAUAGCUAUAUGUUUUCUCUGUUCCCUAUCAAUGCUGAGCGUGCAAAUGAGUACAUACAAUUUUGCACGGAUCAUCUUCCAAUCAUAUUUCCACAUAAAUAUCGUUGACGACCUAAGUUCAGAAUGAACACUUUUUUAUUCAUUUAAUACACUGGUUAAAUAAGCAUUUUAAUAUUUCAAUCAUUAUUUACUAUUGUAAGACCCAAUCCCAUUUACCAUUGUGUACUAUUAUUAUUAUAAAUAUAUUUUUUGUAAUC